AUGGUAACCCUCACUCAUCGAUCUUCGAGUGUUCCAAGCAAAACUACCAACAACAACGCUUCAAAACUUGUUCCAGAGAGGCUCUCUAGGACCCCGAAGGAAGGGAGAACUCAGCCACUCGUUGCUAAGAGCACCAAGAAGGGAAUAAGUAACAGCGUUUCUGCUUCAAGUACUAAGAAGGUGAUAACUGAUGAUGCUUCAACAAAGAGUACAAGUGUUGGUGAAACUGAAACCACAAAAGCUGUUAGUGUUGAAUCCGAACCACAAGUUAAAGAGGCUAUAAGUGAAGAGGUUGUUGGAGAAGUGGAGAAAGUGGAGAAUCAAGAUGAACUUACAAGUCAAGUAGUUGAUCAUGGAGAGCAUGAUCAAAAGCUUGAGGAGUCUGAUGAGCCUCAUGUUCAAGCUGAUGAGGACAAGGUCAUUCCUACUCCUACAGUGUCAGAAGAAGAAGAACAACAAGAAGAUAAACAAGAGGAUGUUAAUAAUACAAACCAAGAUGAGUGCAACAUUAAUGAGAGUAAUCAUGCAGAGGUUGAUCACUCAACAACUGAAGCAGAAGUUAUUGAGGUUAAAGAAAUGGAACAAGAACAAGAACAAGAACAACAAGAACAAGAACAAGAACAAAAAGAAGGUGUGGUUGAAAUAGAAGAAGAUCAUAAAGAUGAGAGCAACAAUGAGGAAAAGGUGGUGGAAGAGAAGGAGAGAUCAGAUGAAGAAGGAAUAAAUGAAGAGGUUAAUAAUAAGUUGAGGGAAGGAGAAGAAGAAGAUGAACAAGUAGAGAGUGAAGUGAAAGAAGAAAAGGGUGAGUCAACAAAAGUAGAACAAGUAGAAGAUAGUGAAGAGAUGGAAAAGGGUGAGUCAACAAAAGUAGAACAAGUAAAAGAUAGCGAAGAGGUGGAAGAGAAUAAAGAGUCUCCCUCUCAGGUAUCUAAUGAUGUGAUUGAAGAAACUGCAGGGAAACUAUUGGAAGCGAGGAGAAAUAAGGUGAGAGCAUUGGCUGGUGCAUUUCAAACCGUCAUUGACCAUCAAACCAAGUGA